AUCCCUAAUUCUGACCAUCCUCAGUCGCUGGCUCAGCGCAUUGUUAAUUUUCUAUUUUUUUCUUUUCUUCCAAACACACCCUUUUCAACUGCGCGUACCUUACAGCCAACACUCUGCCCUUUUAGCUAUCUUAUCACUGCGCGUUUAACACACGCUGCGUCCGACUAACCUGUCCUUUUCAUCCACACUCAUGGAAGAAGAUAUUACAUGUGGGCCCCCACCUCAUCUCUCACUUUCACUGGCUGUAGUAUUCCACGUAUCGUCAAACUUUUUAUGUUUUUAUUCGCUUUUGUUUUUCUGAGAUUAUAUUUCGAUCAAAGAGGGGGAGUUGCAGAGAGAUUUGUAAGCUUUUUGUGUUUUUUGGUUGGGGUUUCUUGAAAGAAGCUCGAAAAGCUAAGUGGGUUUAUUUUGUUUCUUCUUCUUUUGUCUUAGAUUUUUUCCAGCUUCUUUUCUUUUCUUAUCAGAUUCAGCUUCAUUUCUUGUCCUUUUUCAGCUAAGCUCUCUCUUUCUCUCUUUAACAUGUCUCGAGAUUACUUCAAAAGGGAAUUUUCAAUUAUUUUUUCAGGCAUUCAAAAGAUGCGGCUGCUUGGUGACUAUUUCUAAGUUACAUUACAAGUCUAUAUCAUGGGAACCUCCUAGAGUUUUUUUAAUUCAACCUUGUUCCAUUGGCUACUUCAGUUUUGUCUUGGGUGAUUAUUGACAUUUUUUUCCUGUUGCUGAUGGUGUAUGAGGCUUCAGUCAUAAGUUUGUCAGAAAAAGCGUUUUGUACCAUAUCUUCAGCAACUUCUUCUGCUUUUGCUUCUGCUAGGUUAAAUUUCUGUUCAAAAUUUUCAAUUCAUGACAGACUCCAAUCUCUAAUCAAGUUGUUGAUCUCAUCAAAGGACUCCAUUAGCAUCCUAUGAGAAGCGUCAAAGGACUCCAUUAGCAAACUCUGAAAAUGCGUCUCUGAUUCUUGCAAUGCCUCCCGUACAUACUGUAACAUUUCUUGCUCAAACUCUUGGUCUAUUUCUUCAACCAUGGCAGAGGAUCACAGCUCUGAUACCAAUUGAUAUGAACUGAACUAAUUGAAGAAGAGAUGAUGAAGGAAGAAGGCAAAACCAGAAGGAAGAAUUUCGGAGUCAAGAAAGAAGAGAGAAAGAGAGAAAAACAGAAUAGACAGGUAGAGAAUAGAAACCACACUUGAUUGUAUUUCCAAUUAGCCCCCAAUCUGUACAAUCAGCCACUAUUAUAUAUUGGCGUGUUUUACAUUUUAUUACAACUAAACGACGUCGUCUAUUUGGAUAGAAUUUCAAAACAAAAAUUCAAAACACUGCCUCUUGAUUUAUUUAUUUUCCUUUAUUUUGGUCUGCAACAGAGUGAUAUUUAAAAAGAGUUUUAAUUCAGUACUUGGAGAUAUAGUUGUUGGGGGUUGUUGGGGGUUAUUUUGGUGGUAAUGGAACAAAGGGAGGGAGAGAGCUGGAAAGAAUUGAUGAAGAAGAUGCUUCCUCCAGGGGCUUCUCUCCCCGAAGAUUCUUCUCAUCUUGAUUACUCAAUAGCUAUGGAAUACAAGGGUCCUCCAGUUCCUUAUGGUGUUCCCAGAGUAGAACCGCUUAAUGUGAAUUCUGAUGCAAUUCCUACUGCAGAACCGCUUUCAGAAUCUCAAAGAUUAGUUGUUAAUGCAAGUGCCCCAGUGAUUGAACCGAUUCCUUUGCCAGUAUCUUACAUAGCUGGUGGUGUCACAGGUUCACCUAUUCAUAGUCCAAGGCUAUCAGCAAGUUCAGGGUCAGUAGUGUCUGUCUUGCAAAACCCUGAUUUUUCUUCAGCCUCACCUUCUGCUUCUCCUGGUUCCAUUCACAAUCCUCCCAUUAACCCUCCAAAACAAGUCAAUGAAGGAAGGAGGGUGCCAGUUGUCACAUUUACUACUGUUGAUAGAUCUGAGAGCAAAAGGGUUGAUUCAGAGAGACCCAUUUAUCCUGAGUAUGUUGGGGUUUCAAAAGAAAAGAGAAGGAACAAAAUGAGGGUUUGUUUUCGAUGUGGAAAAGGGAAGUGGGAAACCAAGGAGUCAUGUCUGGUAUGCGAUGCAAGGUAUUGCAGCAACUGUGUACUUCGAGCAAUGGGAUCAAUGCCUGAAGGGCGUAAAUGUGUGACAUGCAUCGGUGAGCCAAUUGAUGAAUCAAAACGGUUAAAGUUGGGUAAACAUUCUAGGGUUUUAUCACGACUGCUCAGCCCCUUGGAAGUAAAACAGAUUAUGAAAGCAGAGAAAGAAUGUUCAGCUAACCAGCUUCGGCCAGAGCAGCUAAUCAUUAAUGGGUCCCCUCUAAAGCCAGAAGAGAUGGCAGAAUUGCUUGGAUGUUCUUUACCUCCACGGAAGUUGAAGCCUGGUAGAUAUUGGUAUGACAAGGAAUCUGGUCUUUGGGGUAAGGAAGGUGAAAAGCCUGAUAGAAUCAUUAGUUCAAACUUAAAUUUCACUGGGAAACUUAGCCCUCAUGCAAGCAAUGGGAACACUGAAGUUUAUAUCAAUGGGCGAGAAAUUACAAAACUAGAAAGGAGGGUUCUAAAGCUGGCCAAUGUACAGUGCCCACGUGACACACACUUCUGGGUUUAUGAUGAUGGUCGUUAUGAGGAAGAAGGUCAGAAUAACAUUAGGGGAAACAUCUGGAAGAAGGCAACAACACGGAUUGCCUGUUCCCUGUUCUCUUUGCCAGUGCCCCAUGGUCAAUCCCAGGGGCCUAGAGAUGAGGCUAGCAAUUAUACAAUUGUUACAAAUUAUCAAGAGCAGAAAAGGGUUCAGAAGCUUCUUCUUCUUGGGCUUCAAGGCUCUGGGACCAGCACCAUUUUCAAGCAGGUCAAAUUCUUAUAUGGGAACAAGUUUAGCGUGGAAGAAUUACAGAAUAUUAAGUUGAUGAUACAGAGCAAUAUGUAUAGAUAUCUCAGCAUUUUGCUAGAUGGACGAGAGCGCUUUGAGGAGGAGGCCAUGUCUAAAAUGAAAUCCCUGGGUUGCCAUGAUCAAAACUCUGAAGCUGGUGGAGCAAUUGAACCCUGUGAAACUAGUCAGUGUAUCUAUUCCAUCAACCCAAGGUUGAAGCAUUUCUCUGACUGGCUGCUUGACAUUAUAGCCACUGGAGAUUUGGAUGCAUUUUUUCCUGCAGCCACUCGUGAGUAUGCUCCUUUAGUUGAUGAAUUGUGGAAGGAUCCGGCUAUACAAGAAACAUACAAGAGAAAAGAUGAGCUCCACUUCCUCCCAGAUGUAGCAGAGUACUUCUUAAGCCGGGCUGUUGAAGUGUCAAGCAAUGAAUAUGAACCUUCAGAACGUGAUAUUCUUUAUGCAGAAGGUGUUACACAGGGAAAUGGUCUGGCCUUCAUAGAAUUUUCACUUGAUGACCAUAGCCCAAUGUCUGAAACCUACGCAGACAAUCUGGAAGCUCAACUUCCGCCUCUGACCAAUAUCAUAUUUUUCAGAUACCAACUUAUAAGGGUUAAUGCAAAGGGGAUGAAUGAGGGGUGCAAGUGGGUCGAAAUGUUUGAAGAUGUUCGAGUGGUAGUUUUCUGUGUUGCACUUAGUGACUAUGACCAAAUGUGGAUUGCUCCGGAGAUUAAUGGUAGCACAGCCCUACUUCAAAACAAGAUGAUACGAUGCAAGGAACUUUUUGAGACAAUGAUCAGGCACCCUUGCUUCAAGGAUACGCCUUUCAUGUUGAUACUCAACAAGUAUGAUCUCUUCGAGGAAAAGGUUAGUCACUCACCUUUAAGUACUUGUGAGUGGUUCAAUGAUUUUAGUCCAGUGCGGACACACAACAACAAUCAUUCACUAGCCCAUCAGGCUUACUACUAUGUUGCUAAGAAGUUCAAAGACCUUUACGCUUCCCUUACCGGCCGGAAGCUCUUUGUACGGGAAUCUAGGGCGAGGGAUCGGAUUACAGUAGACACGGCAUUUAAGUAUAUAAGAGAGGUUCUCAAAUGGGAUGAGGAGAAAGAGGAAAACUACUAUGGUGGGGCAGAGGAUUCAAUUUACAGUACAGAUAUGAGCUCCUCACCCUUUGUUAGGCAAGAGUAAAAUGCCAGUGCUAUGCUUCGAAUACCUUGAUUGUAUUCCAUUCGGAGAUAAUUUUUAAGAUGUUGAGCUGGAUUUUUUGUUGGUCCCAAUAUGAUUCGACCAAUGAUAGAAUUCUUAUGUAUCCUUAGGUUGCCCAACUUUAAUUGUUCUGUUUUAUUUGUGUAUAUGUAUGUCUAAUCCAAAGGCUCAUUCUGCAA